UUUCUGCUGGUCAAUUGUAGCACAUCUGAAAACAAUCGCUUCAGCGUACAGCUCGUUGGGAUACGAAAAAACUGAGAAUAAAUCGUUAACGUUAAUCGAACAAUUCAAAACGAUUGUAUCGGAUCACGCCAAAGUCAUAUGUGUAAUGAGAGAGUUGUUUGAUACUAUUCGGCCAAUAAUAGUUUGUCAACUUGGAACUUCUACUUGCAUAUUAAUUUGUUUUACAUAUGCCUAUGUAGCGAACUAUUUUAACGGGAUGUCGAUUAUGUCUGUACUGCUGAUGAAACAUUUUUUUUCGUUGAUGUUCGGAGUACUACGGUUGUUCAUCUUAACUAAAUUUUGUGGACUUGUGGACGACCAGGUAAACUCGAUGAAUUUCUCAUUGUACAGUUGCAAUUGGUUAGAUCAAGAUUUAUCUUUCCAAAAGUUACUGUUGUUGACAAUGUCCGUGAACAGUGCUAAUAUGAAGACGUUUACGAUAACGCCGACCAAAAAAGUUGAUUUGAAAAUGUUUGCAAGUACUAUACAAACGUCAUAUACUAUUAUCUCUGUAUUGUUGAAGAAAAACUUAUCCAAACAAAACUAAAAUCACAAACAUGUGGAUAGAGAUUUAACUUUAG